AUGUCGAAAUCAGCUCUCGUAUUCGGUGCUAGCGGAGUGUCUGGAUGGGCAUUCGUCAAUGAGAUUCUCCAUGACUACCCCAAGAAAGGGACAUGGAAGAAAGUCCAUGCCUUGACCAACCGACCAUUGAAGCACAGUGAUUCGCUUUGGCCAGACGAAGAGCGACUGAAUAUGGUGUCUGGGAUCGAUCUGUUGAAGGGUAGCCAAGAGGACCUCGAGGGUGCUUUGAGCUCAGUUGAUGGAAUCAAGAACGUCACACAUGUUUUCUACCUUGCAUACAAAGCUUCGACCGACUUCGACCAAGAGUUCAAAGAUGCAGAGAGCAUGUUUCGGCGCGCUACUACGGCCAUGGACCAUUUAAGCCCAGCUCUCGAGUUUGUUGUCUUGCAAAUAGGCGCGAAAAUGUACGGCUGUCAUCUUCUGGAGAACCACCCCGCAGAUUAUAUGCCGGUACCCUUGAAAGAAUCACACCCACGUCUCAAGCCCCCAUACUCGGAGAAACUGUUCUACCAUGCACAGCUGGACUGGAUCACCGAGUACGCCAAAGACAGACAGUGGAACUGGUGCGAUACUAGACCGGAUAUCAUCAUCGGAUUUGUGCCAAACCAGAAUUUUUACUCCUUGGCAACUUCGAUUGGUUUGUUUCUUUCGCUAUGGAUGGAAGUUGAGGGCAAAGGCUCGACAGUCGCAUACCCCGGAUCAGAGGCUGCGUGGGUAGCGAAAUCGAAUGACAGCUCAAGUGACAUGAUUGCAAGGCAGACCCUUUAUCUGUCUACAACGCUACCCAUAUCUCAGAAGGGAGAAGGUUUCAACGUGGCAGAUGCAAAGGAGCCUAUGUCCUGGGAGACAAAAUGGCCUAUAAUUUGCUCCUAUUUUGGGUUGAAAGGCACUGGGCCUCCUGUAGAGGGAGCAGCGAACGAAGUUAGGACAUACAUUAAGCAGAACAUUGGCACUUGGGAGAUAAUGGAGAAGAAGUACGGACUGAAGAGUGGUCUUGCGGAUUCGGAUUGGAAGAUCGUGGGGUUUGAGUACUACUUGCUCACGUACUUUGGAUUUGACAGGCAAUAUGACAUGACGAAGAUGUAUAGCACAGGUUUCGAAGAGGAGAGGGACACUAUGCAGGCUUGGGGAGGGGUGUUUGAUCGUAUGAAGGCAGCGAAAAUCAUACCAUCUUAA